AUGACCUGGUUUACUGCUCCAACCUCAUACCGCCUCAAUGCCGCGAAUGUCUUGUCAACUGGAUUAGACGGUCUGAAAGAGAGAAGAUACACAUCUGCAGCCAUGGAGCUCCCCAUGCUGGCCCUAGGGAACGGCCACACAUCACAUCCAGACUUUGCCCACUUGGUGCUGCUGGUCUUCGAAGCUGUGCUCGAGGUGGUAUGCGUCAGUCUGCCGGGUUACAUUGUAGCCAGGCGAGGCAUGUUCGACGCAGAAGCCCAGAAAAUGGUCGCCAAUCUGAACGUGCAGCUCUUCACGCCGUGUCUAGUCUUUACCAAGCUCGCCUCGCAACUCAAUGCCGAUAAGCUCGCCGACCUUGCCGUCAUUCCCGUCAUCUUUUGCGUCCAGACUCUUGUUUCAUGGAUCUGCGCUCGUCUCAUGUCCAAGGCCUUUGGUUUCGGUAAGAGACAGACCAACUUCGUCAUCGCCAUGGGCGUCUUUGGCAAUUCCAACUCGCUGCCCAUUUCGCUCGUCAUCUCGCUAUCCAAGACUCUCAAAGGUCUGCAUUGGGACCGCAUNCCCCACGAUAACGACAAUGAAGUUGCUGCGAGAGGUAUCUUGUACCUGCUCAUCUUCCAACAACUCGGCCAAUUGGUGCGCUGGACCUGGGGCUACAAUGUUCUGCUCGCUCCCGCUGUCGAGGACACCAAGCUUGCUGAUGAAGAGAGGGACAACCUGAUUGAAGAGGGUAGAUACCGCGACGAUCUCGACGAAGAAGACUUGGAGCAGGCUUCGUCUUCUACCAAGAAGAUCAGUGGCUCGGCCUCUGGUGACGAGUCUCCUAGCACCGUCUCUUCCAUCGGCUCUUCAUCGUCCAACGACGUUACCACUGUGAAGCCUGUCGACAGCGAAGUCAUGGCUACACCUGCCAACGGAAACAUUGUCGGUACUGGACCUGGCAAUCUUGCCGGCCAUCUUGGUCCUCGUCAACGUUCGACUGGCCACAUGACACAGUUCCCCAACUACUCGACUGCUUCAACUGAUCAGUCCGAAGCUCCUACUGGUAUCAAGGCCAGCAUCUCGCAAUUCUUCGCUCGCAUCGGCGCCUCGAUCAAGUCCUUCUUCAACAGCAUGUUCGCCAAGCUCCCUCCAGGCAUGCAAAAGUUCUUGAGCACCGUCUCUCACUACACCGGUCGCUUCUUCAAGGGCGUCUGGGAGUUUAUGAACCCUCCUCUCUGGGCCAUGGUCGCUGCCUUGAUCGUCGCGUCGGUGCCUCAGCUCCAGCACACAUUCUUCGCUCCCCACACCUUUGUCUCCAACUCCGUCACUCGUGCGAUCCAGCAGAGCGGUGGUGUCGCCGUCCCCUUGAUCCUUGUCGUCCUAGGUGCAAACCUCGCCCGCAACACCCUCCCUCAAGAAGAACUGGUUACCACUCCCGAAGGCAAGAAGGAAGAGCGUAACCUCCUCAUCGCCGCCCUCGUCAGCCGCAUGCUCCUACCCACCCUAAUCAUGGCUCCCUUCCUCGCCAUCUUCGCCAAAUACGUCCCUGUCAGCAUCCUCGAUGAUCCUAUCUUCGUCAUUGUCUGCUUCUUGCUUACUGGCGCUCCCUCUGCUCUUCAACUCGCUCAAAUCUGCCAGCUCAAUGGUGUCUUCAUGGGUGUCAUGUCCAAAUUGCUGGUGCAAAGUUACGUUGUCUGGAUCUUGCCCAGCACGCUUGUGUUGGUCAUGCUUGCUCUCGAGGUUGUCGAGUGGGCUGCAUAA